AUGGGCAAGACAAAACAGCCAUAUCCCUUCUGGCUCGGAGGCGUCGCUGGCUCCAUGGCCGCAUGCUGCACCCACCCCCUAGACGUGAUGCGCGUGCGAAUGCAGACCGCAGCGCACAAGACAACAUUUGUCGGAUCCAUCAAGGACGUCCUUGCACAGAAGGGCGUGCGAGGACUGUACACCGGUCUCACGGCGAGCGUGUUCCGGCAAAUGACGUACAGCCUUACAAGGUUGGGCGUGUACGACAGCAUCAAGCAGAAGCUCUCGAAGAAUGGCGCGAAGCACCUUGGCAUGGGCGAGCUCACGGCGUGCGCUAGUGCAGCAGGCGCUCUCGCAGGCCUCGCGGGCAACCCGGCGGACGUUGUGCUCGUGCGCAUGAUCACCGACCCAACAAAACCGCUCGCGCAGCAGCAGCACUACCGUAACGCGCUGCACGGCGUGUACCGCAUGGUCGGCGCGGAGGGUGUCAGUUCCCUCUUCCUCGGCAUGGUGCCCAACGUCGUGCGCAGCGUCAUCAUGAACGCGUCCCAGCUCGUCAGCUACGACAUGUUCAAGGAGACGCUCCAGGGGUUCGGGAUGAAGGAUGGAAUUCCGCUCCACUUCUCGGCCUCCGCCCUUGCCGGCACGUUCGCCACGACCGUGUGCUCGCCCGCAGACGUCGUCAAGUCGCGCGUGAUGCACAACUCGGACGCAAGCGUCAUGCACAUCCUCACCGACAGCUUCAAGCGCGAAGGCCCAAUGUUCCUCUUCCGCGGAUGGCUGCCGGCGUGGAUCCGCCUCACCCCCAACACCAUCUGCACCUUCGUGUUCCUCGAGCAGCUGCGGCACGUCGUGGACAUCGUGAGGGAGCGCCCACUUACCGUUGAGGCUACAGCCGUCGCGCCGCUCAAGUGA